UGCACAAUCUCGCGAGAUUUCGAGGAUCCUGUGAAGAGAAUUGCAUUUCUCCGGUAGCCAGUUCCGUCCAGUCGUCUUUCACGGGAUCAGUAAAAUGGCGUCGGCUCCGGCAGACUACAGUUCCUACAAUCAGUCCAGCGCCCAGCAGGGGUAUGCUUCUUAUGCAGCCCAGCCCUCGCAAAAUUAUGGGCAGUCUACACAGCAGAGCUAUGGUCAGCAGAACUAUGGCUCAUAUGCCCAGCCUGCUGCCGCUGAUGGUAGUUACAGCCAGACAACACCUGCAACUGGAGGCUACCCUCAGCAGCAACAACAGUACGGGUCCUCAUAUGGCCAGCCAGCAUCAGCCGCUGGCUAUCCUGCUGCUCAGUCUACCACUCAUAGCUACUCCCAGUCAGCCCAGGGUUAUGGGGCCAGUGGUUAUGACAGCACUCCUGCUGCUGCUGCUCCUGCUGCAUCUCAGUCUUAUGGUUCUCAGCCAGGGUAUACUGCCCAGUCUGCCUACCCUGGUUAUGGUCAGCAAGCUGCCCCCACUGCACCACAGAGUUACAAUGCCAACAGCCAGCCGGCUAGCUACAACCAAAAUAGCUACUCCCAGCCUGCAGCAUAUGGCCAGCAACAGUCUGGGUACCAGGCUCAGCAGGCCAGUUAUGGUCAGCAGCAGGGCUACCAGCAACCGGCCCAGCAGCAGCAACAGGCUCCUCCCGCUUACCCUCCUCAGACUGCUGGCUCCUAUGGGCAGCCUCCAGCCAACCAGUACAGUCAGCAGGGUGGACCGCCCAGUUACAACCAGAACAACCAUUAUAACAACUACAGGCAGGAUGGUCAGGGUGGAGGUUCUGGUUACUCUGGCUCUGAUUCCUCCAGGUACCCUGGGUCUGGGGAAAGCAGAGGUCCCAGCAGGGAUGGCUUUGAUCGUGGUGGAAUGAUGCAUCGUGGGCGUGGAGGCAUGGGCCGUGGCAUGGGCAGCGCUGGAGAGAGAGGUGGCUUCAGUAAGCCUGGUGGACCUAUGGGCGGGGAUGAGCGUGAAAUGGGACGCCCUGAAGAGCAGGAUGAUUCUGAGAACAGCACAAUCUACAUCACAGGGUUGACUGAGAAGGCCAACAUAGAGGAGAUGGCUGAGUUCUUCAAGCAUGUUGGUCCAAUCAGGAUGAACCGCAGACUUGGCCAGCCUGCCAUUAACAUUUACACUGACAAGGACAGCGGAAAGCCCAAAGGAGACGCCACCCUGUCCUAUGAGGAGCCGGUCUGUGCCAAAGCAGCUGUGGAGCAUUUUGAUGGCAAGGAGUUCCAGGGCAGAAGGCUCAAGGUGUCCAUGGCACGCCGUAAACCCAUGAUGGGAGGAAUGAGAGGCAUGCCCAUGCGUGAUGGCAUGAUGGGUCGUGGAGGUAUGAUGGGCCGUGGAGGAGACCGUGGUGGAUUUGGUCCACGUGGUGGUCCUCGUGGUAUGGGCAGAGGUGGACCCACAGGAGGCAACAUGCAGCAGAGAGCUGGAGACUGGGAGUGCCCUAACCCGGGCUGUGGCAACCAGAACUUUGCCUGGAGGAUGGAAUGUAACCAGUGCAAAGCCCCCAAACCUGAAGGGUUAGGAGGUGGCCCUCCAUUCCCCCCUGGUGGUGACAGAGGCAGAGGAGGAAUGGGCAUGCGCGGAGGCAGAGGUAUGGAUCGUGGUGGGCCAGCAGGAGGCGGAGGCCCUGGUGGCCCUGGAGGUUUCCGCGGAUCCUGGGGAGGCGAUCGUGGUGGAUUCAGAGGGCGUGGAGGAAUGGAUAGGGGAGGUUUCCGCGGUUCUGGGCGUGGGGGACCACCAAUGGACCGUAUGGGUGGCAGAGGCGGAAGAGGAAUGGGCCCACCAGGCGGCAAGAUGGAUAUGAGGGACCAUCGCCAGGAGCGCAGAGACCGACCUUACUGAAGGAAAAACUUCAUGACCGUUCCUCUUGGGGAAAUCGAUUUUUAAGACAGGAAUUUUUAAUUUAUGAUUCCAUAUUUCCAUGGUUAUAGAACUGCUUCUAAACAUCUUGUGCAGUUAUUUUCAACUCGUGUUUCCAUUUUUUAUUUUAGUUUACCUGUGUUUAUGCUACAUCUUAUAUUGUACAUGUUUUUGUUUUUUUACAUAUGCAGGUUAGUUUUGCCCUUGUAUUGUAAUACAAAAUGCUUUCAUUGGUUAACAUAAAUGCCUCCAUUUUCCCAUAAAUGAUGUUGUUCGGUGACAAAUUUGGGAAAUAAAAUUUUACUGAUUUGA